GGCUUGGCCUACGUGGCAGCCUGUGGAGCCGCUGCCGCGCUGCGAGGCCGGCUGGGCACUUCCUGUGGAGGCCGCAGCGGGCGAGCGCGACCCCGAGCCAGGCCCAGCCGCCGCCGCCAUGGGCCAGAACGACCUGAUGGGCACGGCGGAGGACGUCGCCGACCAGUUCCUGCGCGUCACCAAGCAGUACCUCCCGCACGUGGCCCGGCUCUGCCUGAUCAGCACCUUCCUGGAGGACGGCAUCCGCAUGUGGUUCCAGUGGGGUGAGCAGCGUGACUACAUUGACACCACCUGGAGCUGUGGCUACCUACUGGCCUCAUCCUUCGUGUUCCUCAACCUUCUAGGACAGCUGACUGGCUGUGUCCUGGUGUUGAGCAGGAACUUUGUGCAAUAUGCCUGCUUCGGGCUCUUCGGAAUCAUAGCGCUGCAGACGAUCGCCUACAGCAUUUUGUGGGACCUGAAGUUUCUGAUGAGGAACCUGGCCCUGGGAGGGGGCUUGCUGCUGCUCCUAGCAGAGUCCCGCUCAGAAGGGAAGAGCAUGUUCGCAGGUGUCCCCACCAUGCGCGAGAGCUCCCCCAAGCAGUACAUGCAGCUUGGAGGCCGUGUCCUGCUGGUCUUGAUGUUCAUGACUCUGCUCCACUUCGAUGCCAGCUUCUUUUCUAUCGUCCAGAACCUCGUGGGCACGGCUCUGAUGAUCUUAGUGGCCAUUGGUUUUAAAACCAAGCUGGCAGCGUUGACUCUCGUUGUCUGGCUGUUUGCCAUCAACGUGUACUUCAACGCCUUCUGGACCAUUCCCGUCUACAAACCCAUGCACGACUUCCUGAAGUACGACUUCUUCCAGACCAUGUCAGUAAUCGGAGGCCUGCUCCUGGUGGUGGCGCUGGGCCCCGGCGGUGUCUCCAUGGAUGAGAAGAAGAAGGAGUGGUAA